CGUGGACGAAGAAAAAUUGCCGAAUUCCUUUCCAUUUAUUUCGUCUUUCUUUGUGCUGGAAUGUCGUACGAGAUGAUGUUUUAUCCGGAGAUAAGUAUACAGAAUGAGCUGAAAAAGUUGAUGGCAUGUGCCGAUCAGGCGUACGAUUAUCAGCUCGAAGGGAAGAGGAAAAGAUUGCAGAUACUUCUGCAGACGGAGGAGCAACAACUGGAAGAGGAAAUAAUGCAAAAGCUGCAGCGGGAGGAGGAAGAUCGUUUGCAGGAAAAAAAGAAUAAACUACUGAUAAUGAAACAGGAACAAGAGCGGAAGCGUGCCGAUUUAGUGAAGAACAAAAUGAUACAACUUCAACUGAACAACUGUGACGAAAUCCGAUCAUUCCUGCAGCAAAAGUACCACGAGGAAUCAAAAAAGUGCCAACUGGCCCAGAUUGAGGACAAAAUGAAGCUGAAGCAAGCGAAAAUGGACGAGGAGCGAAUGUGGACUGAUGUGCACAUACGGAAGUACAAGAUGGAUCUGGAAAAGGAACUAUCCGCCAAGCGUGAGCGAUCGUUGAAGGAACAGAAAACCUUACAGGACGUUAUGGUGCAGAUAAAGGAAAAAUCUCUCAAAGCCGCCCAAGAAAAGGAGGAUCUACAGAAAGUGGUCUGUGCCGCGCUACCGUUCCCUGACCAUGAUCCGAAGCUCAAAUCGAUCGGAAAGGUGGAGCUAGCGGAACAGUUGAAGGAACAGAUAAGUUUCCGGAAGGAGUUGCAGCGCAAUCGAGAUGAACAGGAUCGCCAGGUGAUCCGCAUACUGAACGAAACCAUGGCCCGCGAGCUGGAGCAGGAGAAACUGGCACUCAAAUCGGAAGAGGAGUUAUUGCGCAAACAAAAGGACCAGUUCUAUCAGUACUCCAAGCACGUACAGCGUCAGCGUCAGAUAGAGGAAGGAAAGCUGGAGAAGCUUAUCAUGGACACGCACGCCAAAUUUGACCAGGAAAGUCUGGAAAAAUGUCAACGGGAAAAGCAAAAGCACCUUCAACUAGCCGCGGUAGCUCACGAGGGCCAACGAAAUCAAAUUGCGGAAAUGGAAGCCCGGAAGCUUAGGGAACGCGAAGAGCGCCAGCAAGAAGCACUAAAGGAACGGGAAUACCAGGAAAAAAUGCGCUACGACGCAUUGCGAGCGGACUGCAGGAUACAGACGGCGGUGCAACAGUACCGGGAUUCGCUGAAGGAACAGAUCAAAUCAGCCAAUCUGGAGCGUGAGCAUACCAAACGCACCAAUCAGCUGGAAACGAAUCGCAUAAUCGAGCGCAGCUACAACGAGUUGAAUUUUGUGCAAAGUUACGUCAAGGGAUCGUUUGAGGCACACUUUAAGAAACAUCCAAACAUUUCUCUCAUGAAACGAAAGUACUGAUAAGCGGAAGCUGGAAUGGAAGCCAAAUCUUUAGAUAUCAAUU